UGAGUUAAAACGCAAAGUUCUCUUAAAUAAGGAAGUUUUUAAAAAUAUGAUUCGUAAGUUAUGCAUUGCAUGCGGUAAAAAGGUAAUUGUGAGAUUAAAGUUUUGUACAUGUGGACAUGUUUUCGCGGAAACAUUAUUAGUUGGUCAAACGAAAAAUCGUCUUCGAGGUAGUGAAAAAAGAGCAAGGUUGGUUAAAGAUAUUCCCGGAAACACUUCACGAACUUUGAAAAGCAAGGUGCGGAAAUAUUUCCUUUUAAAGGGAAAAAGGCUAACUUAUACAAAGUCAACAAAACCAAUUGAAAAACCGAGACGACAUUUGUUUAAAAAGAAAGGAUUAUUGCUUUUAGAAGAACGCCGAAGAAGGAUCAACUCUAUUUUUAGCUCGCCACAGCACCAAGAAAAAAUGAGCAAAGUUUUACAUUUAAUAAAUAGAAAACUAUUAGUGCAAAAAUUAUUUUCAUCUCUUAUUAAAGAUUAAAAACUCGUUUUGCUAAGGUGGAUCAACUCAAAGUUGGCGCAAAUACAUUAAAACAAAAGACACCGGCACAGACGUAACAAAAUCUUCUCGGAUAGAAAAGCAUAUUGCAAGCGAUAAUACCAGUGUUUAGUUAAUAUGUAAUUAUUUCACGACACAAAAAAAAAUUAAAGAAAAAUACGGAAAGUAUAAUGAUUUUAUUAAAA